GGUCGUGAAUUAGUCGUAAUUAGUUUACUUCCCAGUCCCAUCGCGAGCUCGCACCAGUCACACAACCCUACUAUCACGCGACGACACACAUCGAAUACCAAAAAACAAUUAGAAAUGUACCGAAACGUGGUUGUUUUAAUUGUUUUGUGGGCCACAGCUGAGAGUGCGAACUACCAACGGUACGCAGAGCCUGGUGAUGCAAGAUAUGCCACGUAUUCCAGCUCUAGUUACACUACUGUGAAUCCGUAUAACCAAAACCUGUAUAAAUCCGGCAGCAGCUAUGGUAGUGAUAUAGCCAACUUCCCUGAAGUGACGCGAUACCCCAACUACAGCCCUGGAAGCUCGACAUACUCGUCGAUUUACAACUCCUACACCACUCCGAGAUCGAACGUGUUUUAUCCUCCUGGUGGAGACAUAACUCCACGAUAUGGAGACACUUCCUACAGGCAGGGCUAUGGACAAGGAUAUGGGCAGACUGGGCAAGGCUAUGGGCAAGUGGGACAAGGGUAUGGUACUGGAUACAGCUCCUACGAGAUGCCGUUUAUGAAGAAUAUCAGGGACUACUGUGUGAACCGGUCGCCGCAGCAAGGCAUCUGGGUGGACAGCCUGAUGGGCAUGUGGUAUGGCGUGGAGUUCAUUCAGCAUCUCGCCGGAGACUCCAGGAUCGACUACGCCAGGACCUGCAUUGUGAUACAUAUCUCAGAGCCUAUGGAUCAGCCAUCCACUGAGAACCAGUUGUUCCACGUCCAGCAUAUCAACGCGAAGUUCCGCCACGAGUACCGGCACCUGCGCCUGCUGUGGGACGAGGCUGGCCAGACCAUCGAGUACUCGCUCUACUUCAAAAACGACUCCGCCGGCUACUGGCAAGUGUUCGACGGACAAAACGGAACGCUGCCGGCUAGACCGAGUUACCAUCAGUUCAGUGGUACCGUUCAAGUGCUUAAGGCGGUCAACGAUCACCUUCUUCUGAAUUUCUGUCAAGAUCAAGUGAACGGCAAGUCUGCGCAGCUGUACUCUGUCCUGUUCUCACGCGAGCCUGGCUUCAUGGAGCGAUGGGAACUGGACUCCGUGCACGCUCUGCUACAGAAUAAAAAAUUGUCCGUCGCAUCAAGAAGAAUGGUUUGCGGUAACAGCGCUGACAAACCGAUUCUUAGUUUAGCUUCCUCAAUAAUUCUCAUAGUACUAGCUUACGCAAUUAGGUCUUAUUAACGCAGUCUUAUCUAGGGGCAAAUCUAUUUAUAAAAUACGAAAUGAUAUUUAAUCGGACAAGAUGACAUCACCGACAGUCUGUUUUAACGCCCACACGGUAACCACACAACUAUCGAAGAUGACAUAACGCUAACUGAACUUGAAAGUAUUACUACGCUCUGCGCAAAACGUGUCACGGAAGUUCUAAAUGAUUAGAGUUUCGUGUUAUUGUGGUAUAGGUGUUAAAACAACUGUCACGAAUAAUUUCAAAGUCACCACACACUUAACUGCAUUCUGCGAAAACAUAAAUGCCGUCGUAAAAUGUUCAAUCUUUAAGACUGAAUUUGGAAGACAAUGUUUAUGCCAAACAAAAGCUGUAGAACGUCUCGGCAACGUAAAAUGUUGCAGUAAAGAUGAAAUGUGCCAUUGUGUAUGUCUGAGAGCCCCGUGCUUAUUGACUCUGCAAAUAUUAAACCGGUUCCACCUCGCGUCCUUGUCUGCACUUGAAAGAUUUGAGACUUCGAGAAGGACAAUAGUCCCAGAAUUACCUACAUAUCAACUUUUAUAGCGUACAUAAAUAUCCGUCCUUAUAGUAUGAAAAUGAUUAAUGGUUUAGCUAAAGCAGUAUACGUCAAGUUUGAUCAAAAUUUGAACGACGAGAUGAUGGCUAGGCGUGAGAAUUUCUUAACUAUGUACUAGCCACAAAGUCAUGAUAAUGAAGCUGCUAAGAAAAUGAGUAGGUAAUAUAGCAGAAUGAUGAUAAAAUUGUUGCUUUUAUAACUAGCAAUAUAAACACAAUAAGAUGCUUAUUACAAUAAUGCUUCAUACUGUAACAAACGACCGUUUAAUCUUCAAUGUUGAAUUUAAAUAACUACUGUUUAGAUGACGUCAUACUAGCACAAUGUUAUGAAAAAUGUAUGCAGAUAAUCUGUUUGGAAGUAAACUCGUAACUGGGGUGCAACUGUUGCCAACAUUGCAAGCGCAUUAGUCUGCCUCUGAUAUUUUAGGGUUACACAACCGACGUUAUGGUGCUACACU